GUGACCAAGAAUUUGAAAGAUAUUCAAGGACCUGCCUUAGCUAUUGUUCUUGAACGACUGAAGCACUCUGGGGCUUUUCAAGUGGCUAAAACAAUAUCGAUGGGGCCAUCAUUGAAAAGUGGAUCAAAAGUUCACGAACCAGACGAGCACCCUCCCCAACAUAUUUCUUAACAAGUUCACGAAGCUAAAUUGUACAAGACUACUUGGCAGUAUGAGCAUUUUUUGGGA